GUCCUGCAGGCUUUUUUUUUCUCCGAGAAGAAAGAGGUGUGACACGCGUCGCAGCUUCCUUAUGAGCCGGGAUGGACUCAAUUUCCCAGAGUGCCGAGCAUGAGCGUGGCCUGGUUCCUGUCGGUCGUAGAAUGGGGCAAGAUUUGGGUCGUUUCCAUCGACACUUUACCUCUGGAUGAGAUGAUAGAUGAUGACACCACCGGCUUCUCACCCACGCGUCGAUCCUGUCCAAUAAGAGCCACUUGCCACAAACGGUUAGCUCUGCUGCAGCUCCAGGCGCUGCAUGGGUUAAAAGGGGGUGGAUGCUGCACUUAACAGAGCAAACAGUGUGGAGGGAAGGAUGCAGAUGACUGUUGACAGGGUCCUGCCUUGAUCAGCCUCCACCUCUCUGCGUCUCUCAACGGAUGCUGAGCAUCCUCCUGCAGCACGACUCAAUCGUGAGUGCGCAACAGUUUCACUGGUGAGAGGAGAGACAGCCGAGGACACGCAGGACUGACUCUGGAGGAGCCAUGAGUCUGAACAACGGUCAGACACUGACCAGUAAUGGCAGCUUUCGAGCCCCUUGGGAGGACGCCCGGGCUGCGCUGAGACCCUGCACACCCUCGAGGAAACCCAAACCCCCCAAGCCAGAGAAUGCCAUCACCAUCGCCGUUUCAACACGGGUCCUCUUCACCAUGGAGAAGGAGCAGCAGAUCUUCGAGCAGAAGGGCAUGGAGGAGUACAUCAAGUACCAGGUGGAGCAUGAAAGCGAGCCCUUCAGCCCCGGCCCCGCCUUCUCCUUCGUCAAGGCUCUGGAGGCGGUGAACGCACGGCUGAGGGAGCUUUACCCCGAGAGCGAGGAGCUGUUCGACGUGGUGCUCAUGACCAACAACCACGCUUACGUCGGGCUGAGGCUCAUCAACACCAUCAACCACCACCGGCUGUUCAUCGAGCGCUUCUGCAUGACGGGCGGCAACAGCCCCAUCGGCUACCUGAAGGCCUACCACACCAACCUCUACCUCUCCGCCGACCCUGUCAAAGUCCGCGAGGCCCUGGAGGAAGGUAUCGCCGCGGCCACCAUGUUCACCCCGGAGAAGAUGACCCAGGUGUCGGACUCCCAGUUGCGCGUCGCCUUUGACGGGGACGCCGUCCUCUUCUCUGACGAAUCGGAGCGCAUUUACAAAGCUCAAGGGCUGGACAAGUUCUUCGAACACGAGAAGGCGCAUGAGAACAAGCCGCUGGACCACGGUCCACUCAAAGGCUUCCUGGAGGCUCUUGGGAAGCUGCAGAAGAAGUUUUACGACAAAGGCCAGCGCAUGGAUUGCCCCAUCCGCACCUACCUUGUCACCGCUCGCAGCGCGGCCAGCUCUGGCACCAGAGCCCUCAAGACCCUGCGCUCGUGGGGGCUGGAGAUCGACGAGGCUCUGUUCCUGGCAGGAGCCCCCAAAGGCCCCAUGCUGGAGAAGAUUCGACCUCACAUUUUCUUCGACGACCAGAUGUUUCACGUGGAAGGUGCGGCUGAGCUCGGGACUGUGGCCUGCCACGUGCCUUAUGGGGUCGCUCAGACUUCUGCCAGGAGAGGCGCCAAAGAGCAGGAGACCUCGGGACUUCAUCCACAUGCAGAUUCAAAGUGAAACUAUGUCAUUCGGGUUUGUCGUCAAAAUGUUUUUAACUUCUGAAGCAACAGACUUCUGUGUUUGAUUAGAGCUUUCAGUCAGUAGAAACUAACAUGAGUCAGAAGGUACAAUGUCUGUUUAUCAGUCCAGAUGCAAUUUACACUUUACUUUAAGGAGGUAUUUUUUAUGACGAGAAACGAAGAUGAGCUUUGGACCAGCAGCUUCAUGUUGAAGGUGAUGAGGCGGUUUCGCCACUAGAGGUCCCCAGAGUUUACUGUUUUGAAAGAAAACUAUAUAUCACAGAUAUUUUUCAAAAACAGUCCAUUCAUAAUUAGCACUUUACAGAAUGCAGGUCGGCGGCUUUAUGCAGUGUUUCCGGUUGUGUCGACUCCUGCAGCUGAUCUGUGGUCAGAUGAAUCGGACGGUGCCUUUCGCUCCAUCUCGCUCUCCAGGUGUUCUGGGAUCAAUUGCAUGUCCUGUGUGUGUGUGUGUGUUUAACUGGUAACUGAUCUAUUCGCUGACAAGUGAGGUGUGUUUACUGUCCGCACGUGAUGACGAUAAGUGUGUCCUCUUCCUCGUUGUUGUUUGUCAUGUCAGUUUGUGUUUGGUCCUGAUUAUCAAUAAAAAAUUAUAUUUGAUGUGGAAUUCUUUUUCUGAAUGUACUGUCAUGCAAGUGCACG